CUGCGUCAUCUCCUCAGUGAGCUUGACAGCGGGUGCGGAGCCGCCGCCAGCCCCACGUGCUAAUCGGGCCUCUCUGUGUCUCGUAGGUGCCCACUACCCUGGCCGCCGCGAUGGCUCCCGUAGGAACAGAACUGAAACUUGGUAAAAAAAUUAAUGAAGGUAAAACAAAAGAAGUCUAUGAGUUGCCAGAUCUUGCAGGAUGUGUGCUGAUGCAAUCAAAAGACCAAAUAACAGCAGGAAAUGCAGCUAGAAAGGAUCACAUGGAAGGAAAGGCAGCAAUUUCCAAUACAACAACUAGCUGUGUGUUUCAACUGCUGCAUGAAUCUGGAAUCAAAACCGCUUUUGUCAGAAAACAUGGCGACACAGCGUUCAUAGCAGCUCAGUGUGAAAUGAUUCCAAUUGAAUGGGUGUGCAGAAGAAUUGCUACUGGUUCUUUCCUGAAAAGAAACCUUGGUGUCAAGGAAGGAUAUAAGUUUUACCCACCCAAAAUUGAAAUGUUUUACAAGGAUGAUGCUGCUAAUGAUCCACAAUGGUCUGAGGAGCAACUAAUUGAAGCCAAGUUCUGCUUUGCUGGACUUACUAUUGGACAAACUGAGGUGGAUAUUAUGGCCCACUCUACACAGGCUAUUUUUGAGAUACUGGAAAAAUCUUGGUUACCCCAGAACUGCACUCUUGUAGACAUGAAGAUUGAGUUUGGUGUUAAUAUAACUACAAAAGAGAUUGUCCUUGCUGAUGUUAUUGAUAAUGAUUCUUGGAGACUGUGGCCAUCAGGAGACCGAAGCCAGCAGAAGGACAAACAGUCUUACCGUGAUCUAAAAGAAGUGACUCCUGAAGCGCUGCAGAUGGUUAAAAGAAACUUUGAAUGGGUUGCAGAAAGAGUGGAGUUGCUGCUGAAAACAAAGAGCCAUGGUAGAGUUGUGGUGUUGAUGGGAUCGUCUUCUGAUCUUGGUCACUGUGAAAAAAUUAAAAAGGCAUGUGCAAACUUUGGAAUUCCUUGUGAGCUACGAGUGACAUCUGCUCACAAAGGACCAGAUGAAACUCUGAGGAUCAAGGCAGAGUAUGAAGGUGAUGGAAUCCCUACUGUGUUUGUGGCGGUAGCUGGCAGAAGCAAUGGCUUGGGACCAGUGCUGUCUGGUAACACGUCAUAUCCAGUUGUCAACUGUCCUCCUCUCUCAGCCGAUUGGGGUCCUCAGGAUGUCUGGUCUUCUCUUAGACUGCCCAGUGGUCUUGGCUGUCCUACUAUACUCUCACCCGAAGGAGCUGCCCAGUUUGCUGCUCAGAUUUUUGGAUUAAGUAACCACUUGGUGUGGGCCAAGCUGCGCUCAAGCAUGUUGAAUACGUGGAUCUCCUUGAAGCAAGCUGACAAAAAACUUAGAGAAUGCACCUUAUAAAUAAAGUGUUAAAAGGAAAGUAAUGCAUACCUUAUAUUGGCUACGUAAAAAAUAGUGCCAUGUGCAAACUGUCUUCAUGCUAGGAUCUUCAUGUGGAUCAGUUGGAAAUCUUAAACCCUUUGUUGUAUAAGAUGAUACAUCUUGUAUGGUAGAUGAUAGUCUCUACACUUGGUCUCGUUUUCUGUUUUUUAAUAAAUGAAAGCAUACGGGAUA